GCAGCAGCAUGGCGGCUGAUGAAGCGGACGUGUUGGGUCUGUUCGUGGGCAUCGGGCUGAGCGAGAGCAAGGCUCGCGAGACCCUUCGGAACGAGGCGCUCACCGCAUUGCUCCGCGAGGCCGUCAAGCAGGCUCAAGGGAUCCUUGGUUCAGCUAUUGACAAAACAGUUGGCACUCUGCUAUAUAAUGUGGCUUCCCGGCUUAAGGACCCAAAGCAUCUCAGCUUCCUUGUGGAGUACAUUGCUACCAAGAAGAUUGCUACAGAUCUCCAGCUCAAUGCUGCUCUGGAUUACAUUAAAAGCCACCCUGGGGACCCCAUUGAUGUGGCAGACUUUGACAAAGAAUGUGGUGUUGGUGUGAUGGUAACCCCAGAACAGAUUGAAGAAGCGGUAGAAGGUGCUCUCAACAAGCACAAAGCCCAGCUCCUUUCAGAGCGUUAUCACUUCAACAUGGGGCUUUUGAUGGGGGAGGCACGGAGCAAGUUAAAAUGGGCAGAUGGCAAAAUCAUUAAAAAUGAAGUGGACUUGCAGGUGCUCCACUUACUGGGCCCGAAGACAGAAGCUGAUCUGGAAAAGAAACCUAAGGGCGCAAAGUCUCGUGUGGCAGAGCCAGAGAAGAAAGGGAAGGCAGCUGUGGUGGAAAAUGGAGCUGUGUUCCAAGAGACAAAGCCCCUUCUGGAGCAGCUGAGAGGCGAAGCACUCCGAUUCCAUAAGCCAGGUGAGAACUACAAAACCGAAGGCUACGUUGUCACACCCAACACGAUGAACCUCCUGAAGCAACACCUGGAAAUCACAGGCGGGCAGGUGCGCACCCGAUUCCCUCCUGAGCCCAACGGCAUUCUGCACAUUGGGCAUGCCAAAGCCAUCAAUUUCAACUUUGGAUUUGCCAAGGCAAACGAUGGAGUUUGCUUCCUGCGCUAUGAUGACACCAAUCCCGAAAAGGAGGAGGAGAAGUAUUUUACGGGCAUCCGUGACAUUGUGGAAUGGUUAGGAUACACUCCUUUUGCAGUGACGCAUGCCUCCGACUACUUUGACCAGUUGUACACCAUGGCUGUGGAUCUCAUCCGGAGAGGCCAUGCUUACAUUUGCCACCAGAAGGUGGAUGAAAUCAAAGGGCACAACCCGCCCAUUUCCCCAUGGAGGGACCGGCCAGUUGAAGAAUCACUUCUGCUUUUUGAGGACAUGCGCAAAGGCAAGUUUGAGGAAGGGGAGGCCACGCUGCGCAUGAAACUGGUGAUGGAGGAUGGCAAGAUGGACCCUGUUGCUUAUCGCAUCAAAUACACACCCCACCACCGCACGGGGGAUAAAUGGUGUAUCUACCCCACCUAUGACUACACACACUGCCUCUGUGACUCCCUGGAGCACAUCACUCACUCGCUCUGCACCAAAGAAUUCCAAGCCAGACGCUCCUCCUACUUCUGGCUCUGCAAUGCCCUGGACGUGUACUGCCCCGUGCAGUGGGAGUACGGGCGCCUCAAUCUUCUGUAUACGGUGGUCUCCAAACGGAAGAUCAUCCGCCUGGUUGAGACAGGAGCAGUCAGGGACUGGGACGACCCUCGGCUCUUCACAUUGACGGCUCUGCGGCGCCGAGGCUUUCCCCCAGAGGCAAUCAACAACUUUUGCGCUCGGGUGGGCGUGACGGUGGCCCAGUGCACCAUGGAGCCCCACAUGCUGGAGGCCUGCGUGCGGGACGUGCUGAACGAGCAGGCACCGCGUGUCAUGGCUGUGCUAGAGCCGCUGCGGGUGACAAUCGCCAACUUUCCUGCAUCGCAAAAAACCAUAGACGUCCUCGUCCCCAAUUUCCCUGCAGAUGAGACCAAAGGUGUCCACAAAGUCCCCUUCCAGCCCAUUGUCUACAUUGAGCAGAGCGACUUCCGGGAGGUACCAGAGAAAGGCUACAAGCGCCUGGCACCUGGGCAGCCCGUGGGUCUGAGGCACACUGGCUACGUCAUUGCUGUCCAGAACAUCGUUAAAGACACAGACGGACAUGUACGAGAGCUGGUGGUCAGCUGCACAAAAUCAGAGGCAGCAGAGAAGCCCAAAGCCUUUAUCCACUGGGUGUCAGAUCCCCUCGUGUGUGAGGUUCGACAGUAUGAGCGGCUGUUCCUGCACAAGAAUCCUGAAGACUCCACAGAAGUACCAGGUGGCUUCCUGAGCGAUAUCAACCCUAACUCACUCCAUGUGAUUGAGGAGGCUCUGGUGGACAGAUCUGUGUGUGGGGCCAAGCCAUUUGACAAGUUCCAGUUUGAGCGGCUUGGCUAUUUCUCCGUAGAUCCUGACAGCACAGAUGCAAAGCUUGUGUUCAAUCGGACGGUGACCCUGAAGGAAGAUCCUGGGAAGGUGUGACAAAGCACCAGUGUUGGUUUCUAGUUGCAUGCUAACUUGCUCAGGAGUCACUUCUUCUUCCUCUGAGCGGCCGGGGUGGUGGUGGCCCACAGCGCCAGCACGGCUGUCUGCCCUAGUGCCGCAGUUGCCUUAACUUGCAUCCUGGAUACAGACCCAUCGCUUCAAUAAAAAGCCUCUGUGUA